GUUACCGCGCGUUAAAGGUCACGAGAAGAAGACCGGGUACACCCAAAUGAAAUGAAAACAUUACAUUUCUGACUCGGGAAACCUGGAUUUCCACCUUUAUCUGGCUCAAAAUGUCUGUAGCCAUGACCCUGACGUGCCCAGGCCUGUACUGUGGCAGGAGACUCAUCAAUGGAUCAGUGGAUGAAGAGUGUGGAGUUUGUCCUCGGGGUGAGCGGACUAAUGAGCAAAAAGUGUGUGAGCGCUGCACAGAGUCUCCUGAGCUCUACGACUGGCUCUAUUUGGGCUUCAUGGCCAUGUUGCCUCUAGUCCUGCACUGGUUCUUCAUUGAGUGGUAUUCAGGAAAGAAAAGUUCCAGUGCUCUGCUCCAGCACAUCACGGCCAUGUUGGAGUGCAGUGUGUCAGCGGUGGUCACUCUCCUGGUCACUGAGCCUGUGGGGAAGCUCAGUAUUCGCUCGUGCAGGGUCCAGAUGCUUUCAGACUGGUACACAAUGCUCUACAACCCCAGCCCAGACUAUGUCAAUACUCUACACUGCACCCAGGAGGCCGUCUACCCACUAUAUACCAUAGUGUUGAUCUACUACGCCUUUUGUUUGGUGAUGAUGAUGCUGCUGCGGCCUCUGCUGGUGAAGAAGAUCGCCUGUGGUUUGGGAAAAUCUGAUCGGUUCAAAAGCAUCUACGCAGCGCUGUACUUCUUCCCUAUUCUCACAGUGCUCCAGGCCGUGGGAGGAGGACUGCUCUAUUACGCAUUUCCUUACAUCAUUCUGGUCCUUUCGCUGGUGACUCUGGCUGUUUACAUGUCAGCCUCUGAGAUUCAGUCUUUCAAGAGUCUGGGAGCCAAGAAGAAGCGCCUGGUUGUGCUAUUUAGCCACUGGCUGCUCCAUGCGUAUGGGAUCAUCUCCAUCUCUCGUCUGGACAAACUGGAGCAGGACCUGCCACUGCUGGUUCUGGUCCCGGGACCAGCCUUGUUUUACAUCGCCACGGCAAAAUUCACUGAGCCCAGCCGCAUCCUGUCUGAAGGAGGCAAUGGACACUAAAAAGACCACCCAUUCACCUUCAUGAAGCGCUGCUAUUAAAGGUGUAUUAUGGAACUUUUCUUGUGGAAGGUACAGCCCCUGUUCUGCAUAGAGAUGUGAUUGCUUUGCCUAGAGUAACCCGCAGAAUGGCAUUAACUUAAUUUUCUAAAGACAACCCAUUAGUGCAACAGGCCAAGUCAAAUCUAUGGGGAGGCGAGCCUACUCACUGAAACAAUGCAUUUUUAAAAAAAGAUAUUUUUACUUUUUUAAGUACUAAAGACAACCAAAUGAAUAAAUGCAAGAUGUUUAAGUUUAAUGCCAUACUGCAGAACAUUUCAGUUAAAGGAAUACCAUCUCCACGGAGACAAAAGUGCAUACACCCACCAAAAAGGUUAUAUUGUGCACCUUUAAAUAUGAUGUGUCAAAUUAAAUACUAUUGAUUGUAUUGUGUUUUAAUUACGGUUUUGAGCAGUGUGUUGACUAUUUUUACUAUUAAAAACCUGUACUCAUUAAAGUGCAUGCCAUUGCCAAAGGCUCUAAGUUGCACAACAAAGAAGGCAGUUCUAAUAAUAAACUGGGUCCCUGUAUCCUGCCCCCUUUACUCCCACCAAACUGAAAGUAAAAACAUGCUCACUUCCUUGAUGUAAAUUUACUGUUCUGAAAUGUAAGAAGUGUUUUACAGCUGGCUGUAUUUACUUAACUGUUAAAACAAUGACAUUAUGAAUUCCUUUUGUAACAUGUCCCUUUUAUAAGUGCAUUAUAUGUGAGUUGAGACGCUAAAAUGUUUUUCUUUUUGUUGUUGAGAUAAAAGGUUAUUUUUUUUGUAAAUAUAUACUGUACAAAAUGAUAUUUCUUUUUAUUUAUUGUUUAAGGUGCAUUUUUUCUGGUAGAGGAUGCGGCACAUGCUUGUCUUCACUGAGAUGUUCUUGAUUUGCCUUGAAUGUUCCAUCUCCAUAGAGACUAGCCAAAUUACCAGGCUGUGUGGAAGUGACCCUGCUCACUAUAAGAAUACAUGCUUAUCAAGGUUAAUAAAAACAUGUAAAAAAAUGUGUAACAUCUCCAUGGAGAUGAGCAGAAAGCAGACCCUCCACUAGAAAAGUUACACAAUGCACCUUUAAACAUCUUGUGGAGUGUGCAAACUGUAAAUGUGUCCAGUGAUGCGAGUUUCUCAUCUUCGUGUAAAUAAAGUGUAAAGUGCUUCUCUGCUUUUAGCUGUACAAAAGGUCUUAAAGGGGAAGUCCUUCCUAUGCAUAAAAUAAAAUCCAUAGUUUCACCUUUUAACCUGUUAAAAUUAGCUCCUAUUAUUUGCCAAACAAACACAGUUAUCUGUUAUGAGGGGAAACUCAGUGACGCAAAUGUUUUAUCUUUUGUUUUAGAUAAGAUGAUAAAAUUUUGAAUAUAUGCAUGACUCAAUUGUAAAUAUUAUAAAUAAAAGUAUAAAACUGUAUUAUGUAUCAUUA